ACGGAUUCUUGUUACUUAAUCUUAUCAUAAUAUUAUCGGUUAUACUCUUUAUAUUAAAAAAGGUCACAAGAAUGUAAAAGCAAUCUGGACGCACGGUGGUCUUCUUAGUAUGCAGGAAGCUAUUUGGAAAGGUAUACCAAUGAUCGGAAUGCCAUUUUACGCGGAUCAGAAAUUCAAUGUGGCAUUAUUAGAACAUAAAGGUGUUGCUGUGCGUUUGAAUAUUAAUAAUGAUUUAUCCACGGAGUCCGUAUUAGAUGCAUUUAACAAAAUACUUUACAAUGAAAGUUAUACAAAAAAUAUGAAACAACUAUCCAGUGAAUAUCGGGAUCGACCAGUGCCGCCGUUAGAUUUAGCGGUUUGGUGGAUCGAAUAUGCCGUCCGUCAUCCAAAUGGAAAUUUAGCAUCUCCACUUAGAUCUCAGAGUUGGGUGGAACAGAAUUUGAUCGAUAUCUACGGAUUCUUGUUACUUAAUCUUAUCAUAAUAUUAUCGGUUAUACUCUUUAUAUUAAAAAAAAUAUUUAAUUUUAUAGUAAUCGUGUAUGUAGCAAAUCUAAAUCUGAGAAGAAAAAACAAAUGUAAUCCAUUCAAAUAUUAAUAAUAAGUGUCGCACAUCAAUUUAAGA